AAGAUGUACUUUAACCUCCCUCUGAUCCCCCCAUAUUGUGUACCUCCCCUUCCCCUCGACACUAUUUUCUCCUUCACUUCAUACCCACAUCUCAAACACAAAAAGAAAUGAAGUCAACCACUCUCAUAGCCGCUGUUCUUUCGGCUUUUUCAACCACCCAUGCCGCCCUUCUCUGGGACGGCCGCUUCAAUGACUUCACCUCUGCCUCGGACCUCAACAAGUGGUCCUGGUCCAACCAAGUCGGUCCUUAUCAAUACUACAUCCACGGCUCCUCCCCCGUCGACAAGUACAUAUCCCUCUCCGAAGCCUACAAAAACCCCAACGACACGCGCUCCCGCCAGGGCGCCCGGUUCACGCUCGACAACACGGCGUACUGGAACGGGCAGAACAUGCGCCGUAUCGAACUAAUCCCGCAGACCAAGGAAGCGAUUAACAGGGGGAAAGUGUACUAUCAUUUCAGCAUCAUGAGGAGCGACAAGAAUGCGCCCAGUGUGUAUAGGGAACAUCAAAUUUGUUUCUUUGAAAGCCAUUUUACCGAGUUGAAGAGUGGAUGGAUUUCCGGGGAGUCAGGGACAAGUAAUCCCAACUUGCAAUGGAUGACGAAUCAGAGGAGUGGGUGGAAGACGGAGUGGAAGGCGGGGGUUUGGCAUAAUGUUGCUUAUGAGAUUGAUUUUAGCGCUAACAAGGUCGCUUUCUGGCACUCCGAGGGCGGCGAGCCUCUGAAGCAAGUCGUCGCUCCUGUUUCAGUCUCAACUUCGUCUAACGGUGCGGAUUGGCACUUGGGCGUCCUGGAGCUUCCUAGGAACGGAUAUGGCGAUACAACGGAGGAUUUCUACUUUUCUGGGGUCUACAUUGAGACGGGUCCGAUCACUACUGCUAUUGGUGGCUCUUGAAAAAGUGAUUGAGAGUAUGGUUGUUGAGUGAAGUUAUGGGAAUGGAAAGAACGGGAGUGAUAAUAGGUAUCUGUAAAAGCUGAGCGGCCAAACAGGUCAAGAAAAUGAAGUCCUUCCCCAACCGUCUUUGAAACAAAGCAAGAAAAAACUAGGCCGCAUAUUGAGCACGGCUG